AUGUCGACUAAAUCGUUGAUCCUCUGCUUUCUUGCGCCUCUAGUAGUGGGCUUCAAUCUCAGUGUUCCCGCUCCCACUGGUCCUUUUGGCGUUGGAACAACUGUACUGGAGAUAACCGACUACUCACGCUUAGACCCGUCCGCUCCGACUUCUCAGCCACGGAAGCUCGCCGUGGGAGUUCCGAACGGGUUCCUUCACAACAUAAUCACCCAGGCCUGUCUGGAUGCGCCCGUUACCCAGUCUCUUUACCCGCUUCUACUCUUCAACCCGGCUAUGGGUGUCACAAGACUGGAAUACAGCGAUACUCUGAUUGAAAUUGCGUCCUACGGCUACACUUUGGCGUCCGUGGAUCAUCCGUAUGAGUCAAGCAUCGUCGAAUAUUCCGCCGGAAGCGUCGUUUACGGACUUGAGUUUGAUGCGUCUCCCUCGGCCCUUGCGAAAUUGAUCGACACCCGCACAGCCGACUUGAAAUCGGUGUUAGAUGCCUUUUCCAAUUCGACAGUGACGGACAAGAUCCCUGGAUACAGUCCCGUUACCAAGUUCAAGACCGACAAAGUGGGAGUUUUCGGCCACUCUCUCGGCGGAGCUACCGCGCUACAAGUUAUGAUAAACGAUAUGCGCUUCGCUGCCGGCGCGAAUGUCGACAGUAGCUUUGGGGGCGAGCAGCAGCAUAUCGGCACGGAAGCGCCCUUCAUGAUCGUGGCCGCGAAAGGGCACAAUCGCACAUCUGAUGAGAGUUGGAAUAACGCUUGGAAGAAUCUUCGAGGGUUCAAACGCCAAGCCACCGUAAAGGGAACCGUGCAUAAUUCCUUCACUGAUGUUGGGCUCCUGACUCCAAUGUUAGAAGGCGGCGUUCCCAGCAACGCUACGGCGUCUAUAGGCACUAUCGACGACGCAAGAGUCAUAGCUACCUAUUCAGAGAGCACUGUUGACAAGCUUCUUUAA